AUGCGAAUACAAUCAAGUCUCUCCCCGUCAAUCCUCAUCUCCACCGUCCUCUCCGGCCUCGCCGCAGCGACAGGGAACUUCGACUGCAAACAAAUCAAUAUCAACGGCUACAAAUAUGAUCUCUCGCCGCUAGCGGGUGCGCACACGCUCUACCACGUCGAGUCCGCGGAGGGAUACACCACGAACACAACCUAUGUGCUCAACAUCUGCAAUAUUCUGGGGAAAUCCUCGAUCCGCGGGGAUAUGCGCUGUGGGACAUCGAAGAAUGUCUGCGGGUUUCGCCACGAAUUCACCGACGACGGUCUUGUGUCACACAGCCACGCCUUCCCCAUCGCUGGCCUCGACCCGCUCGGCCAAGGCACCAAGGAUUCCGAGAUCAAACGACUCAAGGAAAUGGAUUCCGCGCGCGAAGGCCUGCUGCUCAAACUGGCUGGCGGCGAGUACAGUGGCGAAGAGGACCUCGGCGACAAGAAGAAAAAGAAGAAGAAGGCCGCCGCGGUGAUCGAGUUUCAGUGUGACCCCGAUCGCUCUGGGCUGGAGGGGCUGGUGGCCAUUGACGACGAGCCGAGCACGGAGACACGGCUGCGGGCGCGUGAGGACAAGGAGGCCGACAAGGACAAGGACAAGGAGAAAGAGAAAGAGAAAGACCCCAAUGACGGGGCGGAUCCCUCGCACAGCCUGCAGUUCAAGAGCUUCGGGCUCGCGGACGACGAUAUGUACGUGCUCAGGCUGGACUGGCGGACGCGAUACGCGUGCGACAACUACCUCCGCGACAACAAGGGCGAUAGUUCCAGCGGCUGGGGGUUCUUCACCUGGCUGAUUAUCAUUGUCUUCCUCUGCGUCGCCGGGUACCUCAUUCUCGGCUCCUGGCUAAACUACAACCGCUACGGUGCCCGCGGCUGGGACCUCCUCCCGCACGGCGACACCCUGCGCGACAUCCCGUACAUCUUCAACGACUGGCUGCGCCGGGUCAUUAAUACCCUCCAGGGAAGCGGAUCGCGGGGCGGAUACAGUGCAGUUUGA